GUCAUAUUAUGGUCAUUCCUCCCCUUCACACCAGGGCUGCCAAUAAUAUGGUUGCUGUAGAGAGACAUAAAUGGGGGGAAAUUGGACCUGUGAAAAAACGACAAUAGACGGUGGUCAGCUGAUUUAGAUGAGUGGGAGCAGCAUAAUUACCUGGCGUGUGUGACCCAGAAAUAUCUUUGAGAAGAAAGGGGCGUGAACCUAGGUGUGACAAGACUCCGACGGAGUUCGUUUUCACCAUGGCCAGUUUGGACUAAGGAACAGCCACGAUGAUCGGAGGACUAUUCAUUUACAACCACAAAGGGGAGGUCCUUAUCUCCCGAGUUUACCGCGAUGAUAUAGGGCGCAACGCGGUGGACGCAUUCCGUGUGAAUGUGAUCCAUGCCCGCCAGCAGGUGCGCUCUCCAGUGACCAACAUUGCACGUACCAGCUUCUUCCAUGUCAAGCGUUCCAACAUCUGGCUGGCAGUGGUUACCAAGCAGAACGUCAACGCCGCCAUGGUGUUUGAGUUCCUCUACAAGAUGUGUGAUGUUAUGGCUUCCUACUUUGGCAAGAUCAGCGAGGAGAACAUCAAGAACAACUUUGUGCUGAUCUACGAGCUGCUCGACGAGAUCCUGGAUUUCGGGUAUCCCCAGAACUCUGAGACGGGCGCACUGAAGACCUUCAUCACUCAGCAGGGCAUCAAGGGCCAGCAUCAGACAAAGGAAGAGCAGUCUCAGAUCACUAGUCAGGUAACCGGGCAGAUUGGCUGGCGUCGCGAAGGCAUCAAGUAUCGACGCAAUGAGAUCUUCUUGGAUGUGCUGGAGAGUGUCAACCUGCUCAUGUCGCCUCAAGGUCAGGUCCUGAGCGCCCACGUGUCCGGCCGUGUGGUAAUGAAGAGCUACCUGAGCGGAAUGCCAGAGUGCAAAUUUGGCAUGAACGACAAAAUUGUAAUUGAUAAGGCGGGUAAAGGCGGGGUCACUAAUGAGGCGGGAAAGAGUGAUUUAGGGGGAGGAGGAAGUACCAGUGGUAAGCAGUCCAUAGCCAUCGACGACUGUACGUUCAACCAGUGUGUGCGUCUCAGUAAGUUUGACUCAGAGCGCAGCAUCAGCUUCAUCCCCCCGGAUGGAGAGUAUGAGCUCAUGAGAUACCGAACCACUAAAGACAUCAUCCUACCUUUCCGAGUCAUUCCGCUGGUCCGGGAGGUGGGCCGCACCAAGCUGGAGGUCAAAGUGGUCAUCAAGUCCAACUUCAAGCCAUCGCUACUGGCACAGAAAAUUGAGGUGCGCAUUCCCACGCCGCUCAACACCAGCGGUGUCCAGGUGAUCUGCAUGAAGGGUAAGGCCAAGUACAAGGCCAGCGAGAACGCCAUCGUAUGGAAGAUUAAGCGCAUGGCUGGGAUGAAGGAGUCUCAGAUCAGUGCUGAAAUCGAGCUGCUGCCCACCAACGAUAAGAAGAAGUGGGCGCGUCCUCCCAUCUCCAUGAACUUUGAGGUUCCGUUUGCCCCCUCUGGGCUGAAGGUGCGUUACUUGAAGGUGUUUGAGUCCAAGCUGAACUACAGUGACCAUGAUGUUAUCAAAUGGGUGCGCUACAUUGGCCGAAGUGGCAUCUACGAGACUCGCUGCUAAUGUUAGAGAGCGAGCCUGAGGAGAGGUAUACCAAGCAAUCUCAAUCUCUCCCCUUAUCCUUUACUCAAUGUUGGGGAUGAAUAAAAAUGUUUUUAUAACGCACAGAUAUGUGAAAUGUUGUCUCAUCUUAGUAUGAUUUUUUUUUUUUUACUGGUAAACAAACUGGUCCCGUAGAAAAGACAGUUUGUGGUCAUACGCACAUCCUAAACUCAGGUGCCGGGCUCAAAUAAUACUUUGAAAGAACAGAAAGGCCUGCACACUGUCUAUGCUCCCAAUUCACUGCUUUAGUGACAACGUAUUGCUCAGGAACAGAUCUUCGCCAGGUCCGACCGUGCUCACAUCCCAAAAUAUACACAAUGUGAACAUCUCUGCAGUUUCUAUUAUAGGGUCAAGGUCUUUGAAGUGACCCGUUGUUUUUCUAAAUUGCUUUUUGGGUCCAUCUUUUAGCUAACUAGUUCCUUUCUCUCCUUUGAACUGCUCUGUUUGAUUGCAUGUGAGCUUAUUGAGAAUUCACUGUUUCAGUGAGUGGGACUCAUCCUGACCUUGUGGUGAGGUUGCCCCUGAAGGUCACAUUGCCUUGUUUGUAAACCCUAGUGACCGUCCAGUAAAAUCCGAUCAUGUAACGAGCGCCA